CUAUUCUGUUGAUCUCCUGCAAACAAUCAUGUUGUCCAACGCUGAGUUAAUUGCUUCGAUUGAAGCUCUGCUCGCCAAAGCAAAGUCCUACGAUGUAGAGAAGCCUGAUCGCCUAGCGAGGGUGGAGAUGCUGGGCAUGGUGGACGCCCUCCAUUAUCAGUUGGAGUCACCGGAGGAAGCCAUGUUUCGACAAUUGACGAAUUACUCAGAAACGUCUGCAAUCCGUACUCUGCGUCAGAUGAGAGUCCUUCAAAAGAUACCGCGUGAAGGAAGCAUUCCAGCAAAAGAGCUGGCUUCUGAAGUUGGGAAGAAUGAAGAAGUUCUGGUUCGUUUGAUGAGGAUUCUCACAUCUACUGGAAUACUGAAAGCACUUGGGAAUAACGUCUUCGCUCACACUCCGCUUUCCCUAGCCUAUCUCGAUACGCCAGAAGUUGAGUUCUGGGACUUAUGCGUCGACGAAAUUGCUCCUGUGGCAUACAAAAUGCCAGAAUAUAUGGCAACUCACGAAUCAGAUUCCAUCUUCAACCCAAAGCAGUCACCAUUCUCAUGGGGAAACGAUGCUGAAGGAACCACAUUCUACGAAUUCCUCCUCUCUCACCCUGAUCGAUUGAAGAGAUUCAAUGUGGCGAUGACGACGCAGGAAGCUGCACUACCUGUUCUGGGAAUGUUUCCUUUCACUUCCCUCCUCGAAACCGAUGCAGACCCUUCGAGGGCGUUUAUAGUGGAUGUUGCUGGUGGGAGAGGCCAAAGCUUACUUCAGAUAAAGAAGGAAAUCGAAACGGCGGGUGGAGAAAUGGCAAAGGGACGAGUCAUUUUGCAAGAUCGCAAACCUGUUCUUGACGCCAUUCCCGAUGAGCAGCUCCCUGGUGUGGAGAAGAUGGUGAUCGAUUUCUUCACACCACAGCCCGUCAAGAAUGCACAAAUCUACUACCUCCGCCGAAUAAUGCACAACUGGCAAGACAACGAAGCCCGCAAAAUCCUCAAAAACAUCGCAGACGCAAUGGCGCCCGACUCGAGACUUCUGAUCGGCGAAAUGGUGGUUCCAGAUAAACCCGAAGGCGUUGAUAAAACUGUAUACUGGAUGGAUCUGUGUAUGCUAAUCAUUGGUGGGAAGGAACGUUCCGAGAAGGAAUUCUGGGAAUUGUUGGAUUCGGCUGGGCUGAACUUGGUCAAGAUCUGGAGGGGCAAGCUUGGAAGUCAGACAGUGAUUGAGUGUCGGUUAAAAUGAGGUUAUGGCUUUAUAGGGGAGCAAACAAUUCGAA